CGGUAGACUCAAGUAGCUCGUCUGCGGAAUCGUCAUCGCGCUAGGCUAGGUGUGAUAUGCUAGAUGAUCGAGUGCCAUGCUGUUUUGUUUUCGUGACAUGUGUGCAGUUGAAAAAUCGCGAAUUCACGAGUGUCACAAAUUUUCAGUGAGUUAGUGUAGGGCUGUUCAAAAUGGCUGGGCCAGAUGUAGCAGCAAUUGCUGCUGAUUUAGCUCGCGCUGUUGAGCUCACCAUGAGCCCUACAGCUUUGCAGAAUGAUAGGCUAAAAGCAUACAAUGCAUGUGAGAGCUUCAAGGAAACUUCACCCCUGUGUGCAGAAGCAGGAUUAUUUCUAGCAGCUGGUACACAAAACAGCAUCAUUUCUCGACACUUUGGACUACAAUUAAUGGAACAUACUGUGAAAUAUAGAUGGACCCAGAUUUCACAACAGGAAAAGAUUUUUAUCAAGGAAAAUGCGAUGAAAUUGUUAGCUGCAGGUGGAAUUGGGGAAGAACCACACAUGAAGGAUGCGCUUAGUCGGGUAGUCGUCGAAAUGGUAAAGCGAGAAUGGCCACAGCAGUGGCCCGGCUUACUUGCGGAACUUUCAGAUGCGUGCGCUUGUGGAGAGAUACAGACUGAACUCGUGCUACUUGUUUUCCUUCGGCUUGUUGAAGAUGUCGCGUUGCUGCAGACCCUUGAAUCGAAUCAACGUCGUAAAGAUAUUUAUCAGGCGUUGACGACUAAUAUGGCCGUUAUCUUUGACUUCUUCCUCCGUUUAAUCGAAUUGCACGUUAGUCAAUUCCGCGUUUCUGUUGAGGGUGGAAAUCAGGCUAAGGCGACGUCCCAUGGUCGAGUAGUUCAGGUGGUUCUUUUGACGCUGACUGGUUUUGUCGAAUGGGUUAGCAUGACUCAUAUUAUGGCACACAACGGGCGCUUAUUGCAGAUUUUAUGUUUGCUACUAAAUGACAAUGCGUUUCAAUGUCCUGCUGCCGAAUGUCUUUCACAGAUUGUUAACAGAAAAGGUAAAUUAGAAGAACGUAAAUCAUUGCUAAUACUCUUCAACGAUGAAGCCAUUCAAUGUUUGGUAGCAGGUACCAAGAAUUUAUCAGUGGACUUAGAUGAACAGAGUUAUCUGUUCAAGAAGAAACUGAUUCAAGUACUGAACGGUUUGAGCACGCAAUUGUGUUCACUCUGGGGUAAAGACGGUAUUGGUCGCCCUGCUAAUUUUGUUGCAUUUCUGGAAGCGUUGAUUGCAUUUUCCGGACAUCCCAGUUUGACAUUUGCGCAUCAGGCGAAUCCAAUUUGGAAUAACAUGAUGAAGCACGAGCAAAUCUCGCGGGAUCCGAUAUUCUUGUCGUACAUUCCCGAAUGGCUACAGCGCACUGCUCCAAAGAUCAUCAAACUCAACUAUCAAAGCAACAAAGCAAAUCCCGCCGUACCUAAUCUACAAGAUGCGUUGGCAUUUGUACGGAAGGAAUUUGACAGUGAAGAAGAGUAUUCAAUCGUGUUUUAUCAGUCACGGUCGGAAUUCUUGAACAAUUUCAGACAAGCGACUGUAAUUGCACCAUUGGUGACUUUUGCUUACGUUGAGCAAUGGUUAGUCAAAUGUUUACAAGUACCGAACGUUACUUUCGGCCUAAGUUUGAGUGACCCCGUCUACUUGGAGUGGGAAGCGUUGGCUUCCUUUUUGGACAGCAUUCUCAGCCGCGUUUUGCAGACGCAGGAACGUCCAUCGGUGACUUCUGGUCUAACAUUGCUACAGUUAUGUUUGACAUAUCAGCCUGUAGAUCCGUUGAUUCUUUCCACACUCUUGACUUGCAUUUCAGCACUGUUCGUUUUCUUGAGUAUGUCGUCUGGACAAAUGGCUCCGGCAAUUAAUCCUGUUGCAAUGUCUGGCGCAGCGUUACUCCCACAAGUUCUCGAGAAAAUCUUCUCUGCGCUUGUGUAUUCACCCCCAGGACAAAGCAAGGAUUCACGCUCGCGUGCAGUGAAGAAUGUCCGCCGUCAUGCUGCGUCGCUUAUGGUGAAAAUUGGCAACAAGUAUCCACUUCUUCUCCUACCUGUUUUUGAUCAAAUCCGCGUUACCGUCGAGAAUCUGUCUCGGCAUUCUGGUCCCGAACAACUCUCGAUGCUUGAACGAGUUACCCUACAAGAAGCUCUUCUUCUCAUCUCGAAUCAUUUCUGUGAUUAUGAGCGACAGAGUAACUUUGUCGGUGAAAUUAUGCGAGAUGCAAACGCGCAGUGGGUUUUGAUUGCGAAUACGGGUGCUUUUAAAGGCGCUACUGAUUUUAUGGCGUUUGUUGGCUUGAACAAACCACCAGCAACUAUGGAUGAAUGCGGUCCGAAUCGUAGUAAUAUCGUAUUUUGCGUUAAUUUACUCUUGGGUGCUGUGAAGCGCUGCAAUUGGCCGGAUGAUCCCGAACGUGCAACUAGGGGUGGAUUUGUUGUGGCACACACUGAAUCUGGUAAUCCAGUUUGUCGCAAUCCAGCCGCACCACACGUGAUUCCGUUAUUGUCACAUGUACUGUCCUUGAUUCGAAUCUUCAACGAAUUGUUCUCUCCUGAGGCGCAAGGUGUCUUGAAUCAUAAUUAUAAUGGCUGCUUGAGUAUGCUUGAGGUUGAACGCGCUAAUUUGUUGGGUUUGGUUGGACAUACCCCGGAAUUGAACGAGAAUCAGAGCGGCCAGAGUCCCGUUGAGAGAAUGCAACGUUUUUUGACAGGAUUACAUGAAAGUUGCUAUCAUUUGAUGGGCUCGAUUGGUUCCAGUUUGGGUCGGGAUUUGUACACUUUGCCUGAUUUGGGACCUGCUAUUGUUACGAGUGUACUGGAAUGGUUGCAAUACAUUCCUGAUUAUCGAAUUAGGCCAAUAAUUCGUGUCUUUCUCAAGCCGUUUAUCUACUCAUGUCCGCAACCAUUUUAUGAAGUUGUUUUGCUACCAAUUAUGUGUCAUUUAGCUCCAAUAAUGGCAACUCGUUUGCAUGCCAAAUGGAAACAAGUCAACGAAUUGAAAGUCAAAGAAGCACAAGAAGACAAUAAUGCCGAUGCACAAGAAGUCCUCGAAGAUAUACUCACGCGCGCUCUCACUCGCGAAUACCUCGACCUACUCAAAGUCGCCUUGGUUGGCGGCAGCCUCACGCCGGAUAGCUCCUCUCCGGAUACAAUGGAAACGGAGGAUCUGAGCAUGGACUCGCCAACACCAUCCGCGCGCACUAAUUUAACUAACGAGGUGAUUUCCGAUCUGGGCACGUUGCUUCUGCGCUCGGAGAAGACAUGCCAGUCUCUUGUUUUGACUGUCCUUGGGGCGUUAUCUUGGAUCGACAGUAAUGCAUCUCUCAAAGCAACAUACCUCUGUGGUCCUAUCAUUAGGUUAUUGGUAGCUGAUAAUUCCCUGAAUGGGGAAAUGGCAGCUCACAUCAUGGCGGCUGUUUUGAACGGCAUGACUCUUCACGGACAGCAUGAGACUAAUCAAGGAUCAUUAUUGACACUUGGCGCGCAAAUGUAUGAGUUAUUGCGUCCGACGUUUCAGGAAGUCUACGCAGUCAUGCAACAGAUUCCUGGCAUUAACCCAGUCGACUUGCAAAAAUUGGACGAGCGGAUUUCAGGACAGACCAGCAAAGGCAACAAGGUUGAGAAGGUCAAGAAGGAUUUGUUUAAGAAAAUGACUGCACCUCUGGUAGGACGUAGCAUGGGACAACUGUUUAAAAAAGAGGUGAAAAUUCAGGACUUGCCACGUUUGGAUUUUCCAAAGAAAGCAGAGAAAAAGGAUGUGGUGCCAGAACUUCAGCACAUAUUUGGUGCAUGAUAACGAAUGAUAUUUUCUAAAUUAUAGGAAGCGCUAUUCAAUUCGGUUUAUCGACUAACGUGUAAUUUAUUAUUUUUUUCCAUUUUUUGCAAGUUGCACAACAUUCCACUGUUGUCAAUGACUGGUUAUGAACCUUACAUCGUGUGUACAUAAAACAGAAUUUGUUACAUUAUUAUUAUUUUCUAAUGGUUAAUUAGUUAUUACUAUUUCGUAAUAAUCAUAUGCAUAUUGUGUAAGUAAAUUUAUUGGUAUUGCCAUAUAAA